GACCGACCCGUUGAUGGUCUCGGGUCGGAGGCUGGAGGCCAGUUCCUCCCUGCCACUGCACCCCCAUUUUUCUGCCAGGGGGGUAAUGAGGGGAGCCAUGAGGACGACUCCCACGAGCCGACUCCCGAAGUCCUUGAGGGCCUUCAGGAAGAAAUAGUCAGGGUUGCACCGGCGCCUCUGGCUCAUGCAGUAGAGGACAAAGAGGUCCGGAAGGGUAACUUUACCCUGACUUUCUUUCCGCCCGUGGACAGUCCCAGCCAGCAGUUUGUGGCAGAUAUGGAGGGCGGGGGGAAGUGCGGAGCCCUUCAGUAG